AUGCGCACAUCUGAAACUAUUUAGGUUCGUUGUUGGUUUUUGAGGAGGGACGCUCCUCUACUCUCCUCAACUCUGUAGUUACACAUAACCUGGUGUUAGCAACACGGUACCAUCAAGGAGACGAGGCUACCAGCGGAAAACCAAGCAUAUCCAGAGGUGUAGGAGCGUCUUUUGGGGUGAAAAGGAGUCGCGAUGUUGAACCCGAGCAACGGUGACCCAGGCCACGUUGUGGUGAAUUAUGUCGAGGAGUACUUGGACCUGGUGGAGUCUCUGCCUUUCGACUUGCAGAGGAGCGUGUCCCUCAUGAGGGAAAUAGAUGCCAAGUAUCAAGAUGCACUCAAGGAGCUUGAUGAUGCGUAUGAACGCUACCGCCGAGAAUUGGACUCGCUUCAGCGGCGCAAGCUGCAGUUAUCCAUCCAGAGGGCGUUGAUCCGCAGUCAGGAGCUUGGAGACGAAAAGAUCCAGAUUGCUGGUCAAAUGGUGGAGUUGGUGGAGAACCGAACCCGACAAAUGGAGUGGCAUUCUGAGCUUCUCCUCUCCUCCCAAGAAGUGCAAGAGAGUCACAUUACUACGACGACGCCUAUGACGACCGCUUCUGUGUCCCUGAUGUCGGCCUCUUCGGCGACAGUCACUCCGGGCAAAUCCGGCCACCACGACAAGAAGCGAGACGAAGUCACCCCGGGUUCGGUUGGUGGAGACAAAGCGGGAGGGAAGCGCUCGAGGCGUCAGAAGAACGGAGAAAACCGCGAGUGCUACGGGGGUCUGGAUCAGUCGGAGGAAGUGGGGGCAUCUCGGGAAAAGAGGCCCAAAACGUCUUCCAAGAAGAAGAAACGAUCUAAAGGGAAGUCGGAGAGAGAAGUGUCGCCUCCUGACCUGCCCAUAGAUCCAGACGAGCCGACGUACUGCUUGUGUGAGCAGGUUUCCUACGGAGAGAUGAUUGGCUGCGACAACGACGAAUGUCCAAUAGAGUGGUUUCAUUUCUCCUGCGUUGGGCUCCAUCACAAGCCCAAAGGCAAGUGGUACUGCCCCAAGUGUCGGGGAGAGAACGAAAAGACCAUGGACAAAGCCCUGGAGAGGGCCAAAAAGGAGAGAGCUUAUAACAGGUAGCUUGCUUUGCUUGGCCCAGUGAACUCUGAAUAAAAGCUACAAUUUUAUGUGUUUGUUUUCAUUUAACACUUAUGAAGUAUUGUACCGAUGAAAAGGGUCAGUUAAAAAGUUAUUUUUGUAGCCGCUGCAGAGCUGAGGAACAAGAUGCACCUCCGACUGGCUUCUAGCAUUUGUAAAAACAUUAAUAGUAAGAAAAGAACAGGUCCGUGUGCAUGUUUUAGGAGCUUCUCUACACUCGCAUCGCUUUUUGUUCUCAUCAUACAUUAAACCCAAGUUCAAGUAUAUCUGCUCAUUUAACAAAUAAAACAUUUCUAAACUAAUAACCUAUGGUGUCUGGUAUAACGGCUGUCUCGGAGAGCUUGGUUUGUAGUUCAGCUGGCUGUAAGUUGUAGUUUAUUAAAGUUAACGUGUUUGUAUAUAUAUAUGUGUGUAUGUAUCCUUUGUUUAACCAGGUAUGUUUCAUUGAGAUUAAAAAUCUCUUUUUCAAGAGAGACCAGUAAAUGAUGAUUACAAAUACUAACUACAAAACUACAGACAUCAAAAUCCAACAUGAAUAAUAGGAAGAAAAAUAACAAAGAGGAAACGCAGUCUAAAAUUAAGAGAUACGACUAGAAUACAAUUCUGUAUUAGUCAAAGCAUUUAUCAUUCACUCAUGGCUGAUGGCUAAAUAAAUACCAAGGCCCUUCCAGUCUUUUACAGCUUGUAAAAUAUGGACUUAAAUGUUCGGGAUCUUAUUUUGAAAGAACCCUUAUAAUGGUUGAGUGAGGGUACAAUUUUUCCUCAGAAAAAGAAACAAAAAUUGAUAAGUGCGGCAUGCUUUUAGAAUUGCUCAGUAGGACCCAUUUUGAUGUAAUAACAGCUGCUCUUUUGUCUUAUAUCUGCACCACUUUUGCACAACUAGAGACUGAAAUUUGUCUUCAUUUUUUUCCAAAAUAGCUUUAGCUCAAUGAUUUGUAUAGAUAGCAUAUGUGAUCAGUUUAGAAUCGUGGAUUUAGGUCUGGACUUUGACUGGGCCAUUCUAACACGAAUGUGCUUUAAUCUGAACCAUUGGAGCUCUGGUUAAGAGUUACCGUUAUUCUGCCCGAGUCUUUGUGUUCACCAGUUUUUAUUUGAAUCCAUCAACCUUUACAAUCUUCCUGCACCAUCAGGGUAGUGUAUUCAGAGUGAUGUGCAGUUUUUGUGUUUUGCAUGUAGGUCAAUAAAUCAUUUUGGUCUCAUGA